AUGUCAACUCUAGGGGCCUGGUUAUGGGGGAGCUCCCAGCUUGAUGAUGCAAUUGACAAAGCAACUUCCGAACUCUUACCAGCAGGCGGAGAGGAUAUUGCACUCAACCUCGAGAUAUGUGAUCAAAUUCGCUCGAAAUCCGUGCCAGCCAAGGAUGCUAUGCGCGCCCUGAAGCGGAGACUAAACCACAAGAACCCAAAUGUGCAAUUGCUGGCGCUAAGUUUGACAGAUAUCUGCAUAAAGAAUGGCGGGGAUCUAUUCUUGACUGAAGUCGCUUCAAGGGAGUUUAUGGACAACCUCGUUUCCAUCUUGAAGAUGCCAGCGCUUAAUCACGACGUUAAGGAGAUGAUACUGCGCCUUGUACAAAACUGGAGUGUCGCUUUUGAAGGAAAGCCCACUUUGAGCUACGUCGGUCAGGUGUAUAAGACAUUGACCAAUGAAGGGUAUAAAUUCCCCCCGAAGGAUAUGGCAGUCGCCAACUCUGCUAUGGUCGAUACACAGACUGCUCCCGAAUGGAUUGACUCCGAUCUGUGCCUUCGUUGUCGCACCCCUUUCAGCUUCACCAAUCGUAAACAUCACUGUAGAAACUGCGGUCAGGUUUUUGAUCAAGCAUGUUCCUCAAAGACUAUGGCGUUACCUCAUUUUGGUAUUGCACAAGAAGUGAGAGUGUGCGACGGAUGUCAUUCCAAACUUACGAAGAAGGCCGAACGAGCCGACAAGGGACAUCGCCACUCUACUAGCCUCCAUGGCCAUCGUCACAAGAGUGCACGUGAAUUAGCAGAUGCCGAGCUCCAAAGAGCUAUUCAGCUUUCACUACAGGAAGUUCAUGGUUCCAGUCAUGCCGGUUAUGCACCAUCUCAACCCUCACCAACAAAAUGGGGGUACUCAGAACCGCCUAUCGUUGACCGAGGUACAUACCCUGGCCGAAAGGCUGCUGUGGUUGACGAUGAUGAUGACCCCGAUUUACGGGCAGCUAUCGAGGCGAGCUUGCGAGAAGCCAAUGCCCCAAAACCAAGUGCUCCAGUUGUCAUCGAGACGCCGCGUUUAGAAGAACCAUCUUAUGCGGGGCCAGGCUAUUCACAAUCGUAUCCUCCGUCAGUCAACCAGUCCACUCUUCCUCAAAUUCCUAAUUACGACCUCGAACCUCUUGAAGCUGAUGUAAUUUUGACUUUUAAUCAAACGGUGGAGCAAGUUCAAGCGCAAGGUGGUAGGGACCUGUCCAGAUAUCCAGCGGUAUCGGAGCUUUACGAGAAAGCUAGUGGGUUAAGGCCGAAGCUGGCUCUUAGCUUAGAUGACACGGGAAGGAAAGAACAAAUGCUUUCAGAAAUGCACGAACAGCUCUCACAGGCGGUCAAGCUUUACGAUCAGAUUCUUUCACAGCAAGUAGCCCAGCCUCGUUGGCGAGCUCCAGCGGCGGCUUCGGUGAGCCCGACGCCAUAUCAGCAGCAAAUGCAGCAAUCCUACGGUUCAAACUAUGCUGCUAACGGAUAUGUUGCUCAGUGGGCACCGCAACAACAGCAGAGUCAACCGGAGCCUCGAAGGGAGCCAUUGUCACCGACUAUGUCUUUUUCCGCAUCCUUGGUACAAGAACCAAGAUACGGCCUAACCUCUCGUCCGGAACUAUCUCAACAACAGACGAGCCAACAGCAUGAACAGGUACGGCAACAAACAUCAUACCAACCGCAGUACACGACUGCGCCCUUAUCAGCACCACCUCCGCCCCAAAUAUCUCCUGGUUCCGCCCCACCCUUGCAUUCCACUCAAUACACCCAACCGCAGCAGUAUCAGCAGUAUCCGGUCUCUAUAAGCACUGCAGGUCAAACCUCAAGUCAUGCAGGAUUUGCUCAAUCGCCUCCCACUACAUCUUCUAUAUCAUCCACACCGUCCGCCGUCCCACAAUCACCUCCACCAUCUCUCUAUCAACAACCCACCCCUCAAGCUCCAGAAUCUCAGUCUUCCUUCACUACGUCGUUGAACCGGCAAAACUCAGUCGCUUAUGCACCAGCAGCCCUCAGCCCGCCUUCUAACAUUACGAGAAGCAACACGGUAGCUUCCCAGGCGCCGACCCAAUACCAGCGACAACAAUAUCAAACACCUGCACCCCCUCAACAACACCAGCACGCGUAUCAGGUUUCAUCCCCUCCCCCAGCCCCUGUUUCUCUAAUGCAAUUCCCCACUGCUCCGACGGACGUACCACAGCCUGCAUUCCCUGCCUAUAAUCCGUUAAAGCCUUCUGAAUAUGAACACAAGGAAGAGAGAAAGGAGGCACUAUUGAUUGACCUAUAA